AUGUAUGAUGAUUUAUUUGGUGAGCAAUCAACAAAUAUUAUUGCUCAUUCUCCUAUAUUGGAACCAGAUGAUAAAUCUCUUCCAGGAUUGUCGUUUGAAAUAACUAAUACUCCUAAAACAACAACAGAAGUAUGUUCUUUAGGUCGUCGAAUAGCGGACAUAUUCUACAUAUUUGAACAAAUUAAAAAAUGUAUCCACGAAGGCGGUUUCGGAUGUACUUUCAUGGAUAUGGAGUUUGUACGUGAAAUACGUUUUGGUCUAAGGUCGCAAUUUCAAUUCACAUGUAAAAUGUGUAAAAUUAACAUCAAAAUUGAGUCUGAAAAAAAGGUCCCAGAGACAUAUUUACCUGUAAAUUUAGCCGCGAUCAGUGGUUCAAUAUCAAUCGGAAUAGGAUAUUCACAACUUGAGGAAAUAUUAGCUUCCACCGAUAUUCCAUGUAUGAGUAGUAGUACAUUUUUAUCUGGUCAAGAAGAAAUCGGUGACAAAAUUCAUUGUAUUGCCCAAGAAGCAAUGAGAUUAGCCGGUGAAGAAGAAAGGCGAUUAGCGAUAGAUGCAAAUGAAUUAGACAUACCUAGAUGGUAUACCCAUGUGCACAGUUGUAGCUGA